UCUGGAAUUUUGACGCAAUUUGCAAAUGGCCGUGAGGAGGACCGUGCCCGGGAUAAGGUGUAUGAAAAGCUAAUGGUGGUAGAGUCCGUGUUAAAAACUUGUGAUUAAUUCUUGAUUUAGUGUGGUGUUGUUGUACAGAUACAAAAUGUGCCAAAAAGUGAGAAUCCAGUCUUAAUGGUGAUAUAGGAAGCGCCCUGAAACCGCUGGAGGGACGAUCGAAGUUAUAUUGCUGACGGAAGGGUCGGUGCAGAGCGCGGUUUAGGCGUCGGAAGCAGGUCUAGAAAGCUGAACCAACGGAUACACAGCCAUGAAUGAACUUGACAGUUUACGUCAGGAGGCGGAGACCCUCAAAAAUGCCAUUAGGGACGCGCGCAAGGCGGCAUGCGAUACGUCGCUGUCGCAGGCGACCGCCAACCUCGAGCCCAUCGGGCGCAUCCAGAUGCGCACGCGGCGCACGCUGCGCGGCCAUCUCGCCAAGAUCUACGCCAUGCACUGGGGCAGCGACUCCAGGAAUCUGGUGUCCGCCUCCCAAGACGGCAAGCUGAUAGUAUGGGACAGCCACACCACCAACAAGGUGCACGCGAUCCCGCUGCGCUCGUCCUGGGUGAUGACCUGCGCGUACGCGCCCUCCGGCUCCUACGUGGCCUGCGGCGGGCUCGACAACAUCUGCUCCAUCUACAGCCUGAAGACCCGCGAAGGCAACGUACGCGUGUCUCGCGAGCUGCCCGGCCACUCCGGCUACCUGUCGUGCUGCCGGUUCCUCGACGACAACCAGAUCCUCACCAGCUCGGGCGAUAUGACCUGCGCCCUGUGGGACAUCGAGACCGGCCAGCAGUGCGGACAGUUCACCGGGCACACCGGCGACGUGAUGUCGCUGUCGCUCGCGCCCGACCAGCGCACGUUCGUGUCCGGCGCCUGCGACGCCUCCGCCAAGCUGUGGGACAUCCGCGACUGCCAGUGCAAGCAGACCUUCCCGGGACACGAGAGCGACAUCAACGCCGUCACGUUCUUCCCGUCCGGGUUCGCGUUCGCGACGGGGUCCGACGACGCGACGUGCCGCAUGUUCGACAUCCGCGCCGACCAGGAGCUGGCCAUGUACUCGCACGACAACAUCAUCUGCGGCAUCACGUCCGUCGCCUUCUCCAAGUCGGGCCGCCUGCUGCUGGCCGGCUACGACGACUUCAACUGCAACGUGUGGGACUCCAUGAAGAGCGAGCGUGCCGGCAUCCUGGCCGGCCACGACAACCGCGUGUCCUGCCUCGGCGUCACCGAGAACGGCAUGGCCGUGGCCACGGGCUCCUGGGACUCCUUCCUGCGCAUCUGGAACUAGAGUGUCCGAGCCGACCACCACCACCACCACCACCACCACCACCACCACCACGCCACCGUUUAUAAUUUUAUAUGGAGAGCGUUCGACGCCAUACUGACGGUCGGCCCUAGCCGACAACGGUCUAUAUCAGCGUAUUUUCCUAAUUUUUUUGGACAUAUCGAAGGUUAAAGAUAGACAUUUGCAACUUUAGGUAUCUUUGGCUGAAGUUGCGAAUCCUUAGUUUCCUUUGAAUGUGUUGUUCUCGAGUAAAAGGUACCACAUUGUCGCUUACCACUUACAAGGACGCUCUGACUGGUUAUUCGUAUGGAGACGCGAGCAAAUUUCACCCCUAUGGUAAGUGACAAUGUACCUUUUACUUAAGAACGACAUAAAUGGAGUCACAGAUGUAGUGAUUAAUCGUUUACCAUCGUAUUUUCUCGGAAACGUUCGUAAUUGUCAUGCUACUUCAGUCAACCUCAGUACUUUUUGUACUGAGACUGACUGAAGUAGCAUGACACGUUCGUGCGUUUCCGUAAAAAUACGAUGGUAAAGGAUUAUUCCUUACGUCUGUACGAGGUUUGCUAUUUUAACAGGCGAUUUACUACUUUAGCCAAAUAAUUCAACUCUAUUCGGAGGACAGGCUUGCGACUUUAACCGACGAUAUCGAUGAUUGCUUUUAAUAAGUCUAAGAAAAUACGUCGAAAAAGAUGGUGCUGUAUAGGACAUCAAAUAGAUAGUGACAGCCAAACUUCUUCGUAACACACCUUUAUUACCACAUAACCUGUCAAACUCGCAGCAAGACUUUAAUUACGCAAUCGAUGGAUUUUUCGACUUUAUGACGAAAUGUCUCUACAUUUUAGUGUUGUGGUUACCUGGUAGAGGUUCUUGACUACUGCAAAAUCGCACAGAAAUAUCAUUAAAAUGCAGACACUUCGACUAAAAUAUGUCCAAAGGAAUUAGGAUGAAAUGUCCGUGAUAUUGAUCCGUACAGAACACGCCAAUCAAAACUUAAUGCUUGGAAAUUAUCACGUGAUUUCGCGUGACAUCCCGAUGCAUUUAUUUCCAUUGGCGUUUAUCAGUAAACGAUUCUCAUGACUAUGGCAUAUGUACAUUUAUUUUUGUUUUUCUUGCUUAAAAGGCAUGCAGUUGAGAAAAAUAUAUUUCAGUCGGGUCACAUUUCAUACUAUUUGACAGCAUAUAUGUAUAAAAUAACUAUUGUGUCUGUCACUGCCAAAAGUAAGCACAAAUACCUGACUCUUUAAUCCUUUAAACGCAACGUCUAUCAUGUACAGAUGUAGUGAAUAAUCCUUUACCAUCGUAUUUUUACGGAAACGCACGAGCGUGUUAAGCUAUUUCAGUCAGUCUCAGUAGAAAAAGUACUGAGGUUGACUGAAGUAGCAUGACAAAUACGAACGUUUCCGAGAAAAUACGAUGGCAAAGGAUUGUUCACUACAUCUGUACGGCGCGUUAUAGUGAACCUUAACGCAAUGCACGAAGGUUGAUAAUUCGAACAAGGAUUCUAUAAGAAAAACAAACAAAAAAUGUACAUUUCAUGGAAAACUUUAAUAGCGAUGCGUAAAGGUUAACACUAACUGCCCCUCGCUUUCACCACACAUGGAUUGAUACGUCCGUGCAUUACAGGUAAUGCACAAAUGUAUAGAGCCAUCCAUUUCUGACGUCACGUAGACGUGACAGAGUAGUUUGACGGUGCAUGUCAUGUAAUACACGGACAGUUAAAAGUGUUAAAAUACGAACGCACUUGAUAAGCGCACCGUGUUUUCUUUGCUUUAUUUUAAGUAGACUAUAAUUUCUAACAAUGAAAGCAUUUAAACUACGAUAGAGUGGUUUAUGGAGCGGCUGUGUGUGUGUCUCUAUGGUUCACCGUUUACGAUAUAAAUUUAUAUAUAUGUAAUGUAAUUAUAUGAUUAUAUAGCGUAGCAUUGCGGGGCCUUGGGACGGCACCGCUGCUGAGAAUAUGUUUCUGUGUAACGAUCAAUCGCACAACAUCAAUCGUACAAGUUCUAAAAUCUAUUUAAAGAACCAAAUAUUAUGAUUAAUGAGUGGACGAGUUGAUUAUCUUCCGUCUCUUUCGUGAGACAUUGCUGUCUCGCUCGGACGAUUAUCAACUAACCACAUACUAUAUCUAUGUGUAAUUUAUUGAAUGAGGAUUAUUUCACUGUGGAUGCUAAGUUAUAAUUUUAAUAUGUAAUUAUGGAUAAGUCACCCGUUUUAAUGUAUAGAUAAUGGAGAUUCCUUUUAUAGAUCUCUGAUGGAUCAAAAAUUAAUUGAUAAUUUCAUUUUUCAUCCAUUUUGAAAUGACACAACUUCCAUUUAGAUGUUUCAAUACUUUUUUCUACUGAAUUUUGAAGGUAGAUUCAUGGAUGUCGUGUCGCUUCAAAACAAUAAGAUAUUAUUUUAUAUUUCCAAAACUUGUAAAACAUUGUAAUUUACACUUUGACAUAAUGCAAUAUAUUAAUUUAUCAAUGUCACUCACUGUUAUUUUUUAUAUCUCACUAAACGGAAAAAUAGCGAUUAAAGAAUGGCAUAUAAUAUAUAGUGUUGUCUAAAAUAUCCAUUAAAAAUCCUAUUGAGUAUCAAAAUACUAUACUUAAAUAUUUACUGACUUCAUGAUGGUCUAAAACGAACUUUAAUGCAUUCGUGUAAAGUUUAUAUUCCUUCGACAUUUUUAUCGGCCAAUGUGUCAUAAUUUAUAAGGAAAAAGUAAAGUAAAUCUUUUUUUACGCGAAAACGGUUUGAAAUUUCGAUGCCAUAAUAAUCAAAACAGGUUAUAAUUAUAAAUAAUAAUUACUUAAUCAUUCUGAAUAAUCGUAAAUAAUCUAUUCUAACAUUACACCUGUCAAUAGUUCUAAUUUUGAUACGAGACGCACUAAAAGCACUGCAACAAAUAGUACUUAUUUUGGGACGCACAGACUGAGGCAUGCCUUGAAGGACGAGAUUUUACGAGUCGUGCAAAAACGGCGAGAAUAGUAAGCCACCGGGCGUGGCUUAUUAAUGUGUCUGGCUUAUUUAGUCCCAUAACCAUCUUUUUCUAUAUCCGGUUACACUGUAACGUCCUACAUCUCGGGUUCGCCCAUUUGUUCAUUUUUCUAGAUUAAGCUAGCUAUAGGAAUUAAAUGUAAGUUCCCAAGCAUUUUGUAACUUGAAACAUUCUGUUGCUUCAAAAUUUUCAAUAUUUCAGUUAGCACUUACUUUGCAGUAUUCGUUCGUUAGCACAAAGUUAUCGUAGGCUUUUCUUUUGGAUGGUUUUCGCUCCUCAUUUAUAUCCUCUUGAGGCCCGCCAUACAAAACUAAGGAUUUUUAAACCCGCCGCCAUUGACUUGAUAUAAAGUCAGUGCAUUUGGUGCCCCACACGCCACGACUUGAUAUGUUAUACGGGUUGUCUACGUGCUUGGCGUUAAUGACUAUUACUUCAUUGACGUGGCGGCAAAACGUUGAGGGUAAAAUCUCUUUUUAACCCAAAAAUAUAUAGCAGCUUUUAAAAUGUCGAUUUAACAAUGAAUAUACAAAGAAUUCAUUUUUUGGAUUAAAGAAUACAUUUCAACUUAAUUCGCAUUUCGAGUUCAGUAUAAUCGAAAUUUAAAACCAGUUCUAGUCCGUCUAAGGGCCUAAGCUAACUUUACACGACUUUGGACAAAGUGAGGGAAUGACAUUAUAAUCGUCAUAUGUUUAUAGAAAUUUGUCAUUAAUCAUGACAUCGCCACACUUUGUCAUUGCAAAUGCCAGGCAGAGUUAGCUUGCUACGACUUUAAUAGGUACCUUUUUUCACCACGUUCCGAACUUUUUACUAACCGUACCUUCACCAUGAAUUUUACGCGGCCUUAAACGCUAGCGGCUGCGUUAACUCAAACGCAAGCGAGAUGCACCAGUUUACGCAGUCGCAAGCGAAUUAAUAUCAGUGUCAAACUCGUGGUAAGGACACUGUACUUUUAACACGGACUCAAGAGGAUAAGCCUUUUUUCUAGAUAGUUAAUACAUUAUAUAAACUAAGAUGUUUGUAAGGCGUCCGCUUCAGGGAAUAUACGUACGAUAUAGGGAAUGGAUAUAUCAAUACAAUACUUGCAUUACACUUUUAGGCAAGUAAAAAAUGGGAUGGAAAAUAUUUACACUGGCACUGGCAAAGUAAGGUAACUAUUUCACCUUUUCGCCGCCAUUGACUUGAUAUAAAGUCAGUCCAUUUCGUGCACCACACGCCACGACUUGAUAUGACAAUUUGUGGCUUGGCGUUAAUGACACUUUACUACUUUAUUGACGUGGCCACGAAAGGGUUGAAUAACUUAUUUUUUUGAGUUAGCUAUCUUUCUUAGUCUUACCUAAUAUGACGAACGGCCACAUGAAAACGAAAUAUAGGAAUGCGUAUUCAGAAUGUUUGCAUUUCGCGCUCACACAUUUAGUGCGAUAGGACGAUUGAGAAUAUCAAAUAGACGGCUCAAGCUAUCAUUUCUAAACGGCCAAAAAAUUUACCACGAGUAAGUAAUGUCUAAAUAAUUUUCAAUCACAUUAUUUAUUUGUUACAUCUAUGAGCUCAAACACAUACAUUAAGUUGAUUACAGCAUAUUGAUAUAUCCACAGAGGCCUAUGACCUAUAACAGACUAGAGAUGAUUGCUAGGUUAUAGCAUAUCAAGCAAUUUGCUCGGUUUUAUACGCAUACUGAUUUUAUACAGCAAUUAUUUAUAUUCGGGUCUUUUCCUGUUUCUGCUUUGAGCAAAUUGAUCUUUUAAUGCAUUCAUCUUGAUGUCUGGCGGUAUUUGUUCAAUGUCAAAACGUAGAGAGGGUAAUUCAAUGAGCGUUGGAUACAUACAAGCGGCCAACUUAUUAAGGAUCUUAAAGCGCAUUGAAUCGCUAUCUUACAUAAGUUGGCUGGCCACGGCCCAGGAGUUAGAUGGUACGUUAGAUUAUGCGUAGGAUAAGACUUUUUUUAAAUAAACGUUAUUUUCUACAAUAUCCGCUUUUCCGAUCGGUGUACGACAACUUAAGUAACAUAGAAUAAAUGUACGUAUAUUUACUAUUUAAUGGAUAGUUUUAUGGCUCCCGUUUCGUUUGUAUUCAGACCAAUUUUUCUCACUUUUACAUCGUAUUAUUGGAAUGGACUGCCAUAUUUAAUCUUACUGUAAUAAUAUAUAAUAUCUGACAUGCAGUACUGGGAUUGGGCUAUCAAAUAAACUUCUAUGACGGCCUCUUAGAGGCUGUAACUGGUUACCUGAUUUAUUAGUUAAUGUUUCAGAACUUACGAGAGAAAUUAUUAUGAAAUGAGCAUUCUUCGGCAACAUUUUAAAUAAAAAAAGAAACUUACCUUACUCUAGUUACGGGUUAAAAUUACGCGCAUAAUUUAUAUGUUACUAUGUGCAAGUAUAAUUCGAUAAUUCAUAUGAAUCGGCAGAUAAUCAGUAAUGAUAGUACCCUGAACUGUUUACUGACACUUUAUGAAAAGGAUUUGUGUAAGUUAAUUUUUAUUUGCUAGUCCACAUCUUCGAUAUGUUAAUAUAAUUAUUCUUAGUGGUGUAAUACUAAUUAUAAUGUAUUGUGUAAAAUAUUUUUUUUAGUUAUUAUAUCAAUAAAUUAAAAUUUGUUUAUUU